ACCUCUCCCAAAAUUAGAGGGCUGUGUAAUGCCCCCACUACUUAACAUUCCUUUUGAGUUUGUGGUUGUGGACACCCUGCAACUUUUUUAAAGAAUCAUGGGAAUGCUGUUUCAUCAGGUUGUUGAGGUAGUUGUCAACAAUGAUUGCCACAAUGUCCUGACAGACGAAAUAGAUUCCAUCAAUGUUGAAUUCAAAUUUUAUGAAGAAUUUAAUAAACUAGCUGAAAAAAAAGAAACAAAAUGGACAAAUCUCAAUGUACAGGUUCAAGAGAAUGAUCCAGAGUACCUCAAGCCUCAGAGCUUCAAGACACAUGUGCGGGAGUGAGGAAAGCUCUUUCUGGAAAUGUUCUAUGAUGACGACAUCACCCCCUACAUUCACACAUUUGUAUACCAUGUACCUCAGUUUUUGGAAAAGUAUGGCACGUUAAUGCAGUUUAAUUGCCAGCCGAUGGAGAAAAAAAACCACUAGCAAUCCCAGGCAUUCCACCGUGGAUCCCAGAAAGGGG